AUUUCAGAUUGUAGAAAAUGGCGGAAAGGCUUCGGGUGGUGCUGGAUGAGUGUAUCCGGAGUAAUGAUAAGACAGGGAUACUGAGGUUGGUUGAGCUGCUCCGGGACUUUGGGUUAGCUCAGAUAUUUGGCUCCGUUCUCUCCGCUCAGGACAGAGAUUCUAAAACUCAAACCUUGAUCAGUGAUUUGAUAAAACUACCAGAUCGUUUGUCUAAUAUACUGGCAGGGGUAGAUAUACCCCCUCAACUCCACCCAAACAUCUUUACAUCAAUCAUUCUCUCAAACUUAGCUGUAUCUAUAUCUAAUACAAAACCCGGAGAUGUCUCCUUGAACCCUGAACAUAUCUCCUUCCUUCUCUCUAAACUAUUCCUAAACUACAAGGAGCAGGUUCCUAAACCUCUCCAUAAUUUUUUCAGAUUUUGCCUUGGUUGGAUAGACGAGGGAGGAACUGAAAAUCCACCAAAUCUCAUCCAGAGAAUAUUCUCCUGUCUAGAUUUACCAACCCUGGAGAAAUGCUUCCUAUCCGCCCUGGACCUGGAGAAUCCUUCUGAUAUAUUCGUCCUUCUCGGCCCAGUUUUCAACCAGGAGAAAACUUUCAAAAUUAUUGAAAACAAUUUGUUCCUGAGAGGGAUAAAAGUCGAGGAUAAACUGAAGAACCUGGUUGGAUAUCUACACAUUGUAGAUACAGAUUUGAUAUCCAAGAUUUUAAGCAGAGCGCUUCUUCUCUUUGUGGAUCAGAUAUACGUUGACCAUGGUGAAUACAGGGAUCAGUUGAUAUUGUGUAAACUUAUUUGCUGUUGUUUCUCUUUCUCUACUGAAUACCAGAUUCAUCAGAUGAAAGCUAGAACAAUGCUGCUGAUAACUAAAGGGACAGUACACUGGUUUGAUUCUAUUCCAGCUAAACGUAAUCUAGGGAUGAUAAUGGUUCUCGUGAUCCUGACAAGGUUAGGAGAGGAUAAGGUUCCUGAUUGGGAGAUCCAGGAUCAAGAUAUGUUGACAAAAUUCAAACUUUUAGCCUCGCCAGAUACAGGGAAGAAGACCAGGUCAACUUUAUCAAGUUCUCAAGUUCUCUCUGAGUGGAGAGAUAUUCUGUGUUCUUCAGCUUCUGGUAAUUCUUCUUCCUCUUCUUCUUCCUCCACCAUUGUACCUGCUGUACCUGCUGUACCUGCUAUACCUGCUAUACCUGCACAAAGACCUGUGAUAAAAAACUGUAAUGCUAAUCCACUGCUUAGCAAGAAAGUAGAAGUCCUCGAUUCGGAUGAUGAAGAUGAAGAUGAUGAUCUACCUGCUUUUAAUAUGAGUAAUGAUACUAAAGUUGAAGAAAGGGAAAAGAAAAUCUACUAUUUGAGAGACGCCAUUGAUGAAAUUGCUAACCCAGAAAGUGACUAUGCAGAGCACUGUUUAUCUAUUUUGCCUGAUUUAUGUACGCGGCAUCUGAAGCAUGAAGAUCCUGCGCUAGUGCAGCAUUUAAUAAAGGUGGUUUUAUUCUCCCAAAACCGGUUUGGUUCGGCAGAGUGGACUAAACUAAGGGAGUCAGCUAUGCUCUCUGUUGUUGAAACUAAACCUGUAGAGUCCGCUAGAUGUCUCAUUCCAGCUUUUUAUGAUAAAAACAAUCCACUGGAUACAAGGUAG